UCUGUAUAGUAUUCUGUGACAUAACUGACAUUUAACAAUUGACAUUGGUGGUCACGGAUCAUGAGAAAGAGUGUUACAAUAGUAAACAAUUAUUAAUUAUCUACUUUUAAAAAAUGAGUGUAAAUCCAAUAUUAUUACAAAAAAUACUCAGAGAAAACGCAUCUGAUCUACAAGAUUUUUCUAAAGACCUGAAAAAUUGGGGUGAAGAAAUGAAACGCAAAGAUGAUUCUCUAAAAACAGAUACUGGGCAGUCAACUGGUAAAGUGAGGAAAAUUUCAAAAGCUGGUUCAACGAAGGUGAAAGUUAUUGGAAAACCAAAGAAGCUUACCAAAAGUGGAACUACUAAUUAUGCUGCUUGGGAUAAAUUUGAUGUUGACGCUGAACUACAAAAACUUGAGGAAGAUAUAAAUGAAGAUUCGGAACUGACAGAUGAAUGUAAUGAGAACAUAUAUGAUGAAGCACUUAUUGAAAAAGAAAAGGGCAAUAAGUUUGUGAAAAACCAAAAGUGGGAUGAGGCUAUCAAAUCGUAUACUAAAGCCAUUGAAUGCUAUUCUUAUGAUCCAGUCUUUUAUGCAAACAGAGCAUUGUGUUACUUAAAGAUCAGUAAAUUUGAGGAAACUGAGAAAGAUUGUACGCUCUCUUUGAAAUUAGAUCCCACUUACGUGAAGGCUUACCAAAGACGUGCUGCUGCUAGGUCAAAUUUAAACAAACUAGAAAACGCUGAAAUGGAUCUUUUGAAAGUCCUAGAGCUAGAACCUAAAAAUAAAGAAUCCAUAAUAGAAUUAGAAAAAAUUCGUCAGAAAUUGAACAGACACACAGAAAAGGUAAUAUAUUCUAGAGUAACUCGAGACAUAAAACCAAUAGAUGACAGUAAACCUAGUACAUCUUGGUCGCCACAAGAAGAUAUUAUUUUAGUCAAGCCAAUUCAGAAGCCCCCACAUCUGAGAUCACAAAAACCCCUUAAGAGAAUAUCAAUUACUGAAACGAAAGGAGGCUUUACAGAAAAGACAAUUGAAUCUCCUAGAUCUCAGGAAGCAGUAAAGAGGCAUGUGGUAGAAAGGCAUGAAAACAUUGAAAAUUUGAAUGAACUUGAUGAACAAAUUGGCGAAUUCAAAAAGAAAAAGGCUGAAAAACAUUUGGAGAAGUCUGAACAAUCCAAAAGUACGGUUGAUUUCAAACAGGAGACUCAAACUUGCUUUAAAAAUGAGGAUUUCAAGAUUACAGAAAGAACCUAUUCGGCGUCAAAUACAAAGGAUGUAAAAAAUACAGUAAAUGAUAAUAAAAAAUUAAUAGAGUGCAAUGAUAGAGAUGUCAACUUAGCUACACCUAAAAAUUCUGUACAGUUUUAUUCAUCUUGGAGGAAUCUCAAGACGCCAGAAGAAAAGUAUAUUUAUUUAAAGUCCGUUAAGCCACAAGAAUUACCAAAAAUAUUUUUGAACUCGCUGGAAAGUGAUAUUUUUAGUAAUAUCUUGGAAGUGAUGGUGAAUUACUACAUAAUUAAUAAGGAUCCCGUUUUUGAUAUUUUGAAUUAUUUCUCAGAAGUAAAACGUUUCAGUGCUAUCACAAUGUUUAUGGCCUCCGAGGAUAGAAACAAUUUAUGGAAACUCUUUGAUUAUAUGAAGCAAAAUAGUGAACGAGAAAAUGAUGAAAUUGACAAAUUGAGGAAAAAAUAUGAAUUAUAGUUCCAAUAGUUAUAUUAGUUACAUGUGAAUGAUUGCACUCUCCUAUAACAUUUUCUUUUUGAUAUUUUUCGAAUAGAUUCAUUCAAAGUA